CACCCCUCCACCUCUUCACGUUAAAACCCUUCAGUUAGUCUGAGGUCUCUGGUCUAUUGAUGGGAAUCAGUGUCUUCAGGCCUGUGUCCCAAAUGACACCAUGUUCCCUAGAUACAGGAGUGCACUACUUUUGACCAGGGCUCAAUGUCAUUUGGGAAAUGCCCCUGGUGUGAGUGGAAUUUCCUGUUUGAAUACGUUUUUACCUCAUCUGCCCCACUCCUCCCCUCUGUGUGUGCGCUCGUUCUCACUCUCUUUCCUACCUGGUUCACUUUCUCACUGUCUGUCUGGAGUAGCAGCUCUAUUCUUUAGCUCCACACAGUCGUCUCCUCCAGGACUCCAGUCCACAGUACCUCGUCUCCUCCAGGACUCCAGUCCACAGUACCUCGUCUCCUCCAGGGCUCCAGUCCACAGUACCUCGUCUCCUCCAGGACUCCAGUCCACAGUACCUCGUCUCCUCAAGGACUCCAAAAAGUAUGGAGAAGAGCCAGUAUGGACCCCCCCAGGACUUGUCUGCUCCCCCCUACCCAGGCCCCCCGGCGGGCUACCAGGGAAGUGGGGGGGGAACAGCCUACCCCCCUCAGCCUGGCUUCCAGGGAGGUCCCCAACCCGGCAUGUACCCACCACCUCCCCAACCCGGCAUGUACCCACCACCUCCCCAAUACGGCACAGGCAUGGCACAACCUACAAACGCCCCCAGCGUAACCCAGGUGGUGGUGAUGCAGCAGCCGCUGCUAAGAGACGUACCCGGCCAGAUGACGUGUCCCCACUGUCAGGUCCAGGUUCUGACAGAGACCACACACACCCCUGGACUGCUCACCUGGGCCAUCUGUGGAGCCCUCGGCUUCUUCCUGUGCUGGCCAUGCUGUUUGAUUCCGUUCUGUGUUGACUCCUGUAAGGAUGUAGAACACCGCUGCCCCAACUGCAAGAGAGUGAUCCACAUCCACAAACACAUGUGAACAGACCAAGAUGAGACACCUGCCACAAAGUGAUCCACAUCUGCAAACUACUGUAUAUAUGAACAGACCUAGCCACAGCCUACUGACAGUUCAGUGCGUAAUCCACAUCAGAAAGACAAUACUCUACUGUCUCUCUGAAAUGACUGCAGCAGGACAGCUUCCUCUACUGUCUCUCUGAAAUGACUGCAGCAGGACAGCUUCCUCUACUGUCUCUCUGAAAUGACUACAGCAGGACAG